CCUAGUUGGAAGGACUUGCAAUCCCAUCGGGACUGAAGCACGGAGUGGGCCCGGGGGGCUGGUGGUGCAGCCUCCUCCUGCUUCCUGGCUGGAGUUCCAGGGGGGGAAGGGUUAGCUAAUCCCGGAGGGUGGAGGCUGGAAGGACAAAUUCCCCUUUCCCUAGCUGGGCCGCUGCCCACCCAGCAGAGAGGCACUUGGGAGACAUCCUCCCCCCUCUAGCCCCAUAAAACGGCCCUGGACCCCGCCUGGGUCAGCAAGCAAUCGGCGGCGGUGUCAGGAUGCGGAGCGCCGAGUGCAUGGCGGUUCUCGUCCUCCUGGGGGCGGCUGUGUGCGCAGCGCAGCCCCGAGGUCGGAUCCUGGGCGGCCGCGAGGCCCAGGCCCACGCGCGGCCCUACAUGGCGUCGGUGCAGGUGGACGGCAGGCACGUGUGCGGCGGGGUCCUGGUGGCCGAGCAGUGGGUACUGAGCGCGGCCCACUGCCUGGACGGCGUGGCCGAGGACAGCCCGGUGCAGGUGCUCCUGGGUGCGCACUCGCUGUCGCGGCCUGAGCCGUCCAAGCGCCGGUACGACGUGCGACGUGCGGUGCCCCACCCGGACAGCCGGCCGGACACCACGGAGCACGACCUCCUUCUCCUGCAGCUGUCCGAGAAGGCCGCGCUGGGCCCCGCCGUGCGCCCAGUGCCCUGGCAGCGCGAAGACCGCGACGUGGCUCCUGGCACGCUGUGCGACGUGGCCGGCUGGGGCGUGGUCACCCACGCGGGACGCCGGCCCGACCUUCUGCAGCACGUGCUCCUGCCGGUGAUGGACCGGGACACCUGCAACCGGCGCACCUACCACGACGGCGCCAUCACCGCGCGCAUGAUGUGCGCUGAGAGCAACCGCAAGGACAGCUGCAAGGGCGACUCGGGUGGCCCGCUGGUGUGCGGGGGCGUGGUCGAAGGCGUGGUGACGUCAGGCUCCCGCGUCUGUGGCAACCGCAAGAAGCCUGGAAUCUACACACGCGUGGCGAGCUACGUGUCCUGGAUGGACCGGGUCAUGGCGGAGGGCGCGGCGGCCUGAACGGUAAUAAAAGCGUGGGACCCGA